AUGAGAAACUACGUCGCACUAAUUGCUCUCUCUGCCGUUGGAGGACUAUGUGCUCAUGGCGAUGAAGCGAGCAAAGUUAUGGGCCCGGCUGCCUUUCUGUGGCCACCUGAUCGUCUCUGGGGUGCAGCAUACGACAACAACGCACCGUGUGGCUCAUCAACCGGGGCAGUGAAUCGGACAAACUUUCCAUUGAUCAAUGGCAAGCUCGCACUUGUACUUCAAGACGAGUCUUGGAAUGUGCAGGUUGCAAUCUCACACAAAAGCAACCCGACUACCAAUGAUGACUUCGAGCCCUUCAUUAAUGGCUCCACUCUUGCCGACAUCAAACCAGGACAUGAAUGCUACUCUGUCCCCAACCCAUCUAUCGAUGUGGAAGAGGGGACGAAUGCUACGUUCCAGAUCAAAUACACCUCCGAUUUCGAUACUGAUAAAAACGAAACCUACUACGCGUGCGCAGACGUCACGUACAUCGCGGCAAGCAAGUUCACCUUCCAAGUCCCUUGUUUCAAUGUGACGUCAGACGAGUUCACCGAUGUUACUACCACGGCCACAACUGGGGCUACUGCUACUGCCACUGCAGCAUCGGGCGCAACGAAGAACACGGGUACCACGAGCGAGAAAAGCUCUGGUCUGUCAGGCGGGGCUAUUGCGGGUAUUGUGGUUGGCUCAGUGGCUGGGUUGGGUCUUGGGAUUGCCUUGCUGUUCUUCUACAGAAGGCUUCUGCAGAAGUAUCGCUUCUUGCGGCAAAAGGCUUCCACCCGGAACGUGAACUGGAAUGAGGAGGCGCCUCAGCAUAAGGUUGACGAUGAGGUUCCGAUUGGGCUUCGCAAGAUAAGAUGA